GCCUGCUUCAAGAAGGCCCAAGCCCGGGUGUGUGGGGUGGCCAAGCCACGGAAGGAUGAGCCCGUCUCAACUUCCUGGGCCGGCCCUUUGUUCCAUUUUCCAGAGAACAUCGCCGGCCGAUGCCCGCCGCGGCCUUCUCCGGGUAUGUAGCGAUGCCCGGUCCGCCAUUGCCAUGGAUUACCUCAAUUGCUCGCGCUUUGGUCCCAAGAUAAGGCUAGGGCUGCCCGUCGGAUGGCCAGCGGGAGGGCCCUCACUGUGCCUUAUGUAUAUGUGACCCGGACGGCCCGGGGGCUGGUAGCCCGACUGCUGCUGGUAUCGAUCUGCGUUUCGAACUCGUGCUCCGGGCGCACAGGCACGGCUCCCAGCGUUUUCAGCCGGGCGUUGGGCGACUACGAUGAUCCUUCUGUGGUUUGUGUGGUUCGUCGUGGUUCGUUCGGUUUGAUCGUUUGGCGCUCAUGCCGGCCCUGCGAACCGCGAAACGCCGACAGGGCGCUCUUGUUCACGAGUUACCAGGGGCCCGUGUCCUCCACGAUCCCCCAUCCCCGCGACGACUUGUUGGUUUCUCUUUUUAUUUUUUUUAUUUUUUUUUAUCAAUGUCAACACUACCGAUCUGCUGCAAGGAAGAAUCGUUGGGGUCUUGAUAUUUUUAGUCUUCCAAACGACAACGGCACAACGGCUAGGCGAACUGGCACAUCUCUGGCCGUUGCUGGAGACCGAGAGAGCGGCCGACGGACAAAUCCUGUGUGUCUAAAGUCGAAACCAUCUCAUCCACUUCCUGACUUCGUGGUCGGGAUGGGUUGGUAUGGGGCCCCGGUGCUCUUCUCCACAUCCCUGCCACGGGGCCCAAUUUCGUCCGAGUUGCUUUUCUCCCGAGUAAGAUUCGCCCCACUCUGCUAUCUUUGUCCGAGGAUCGCCUUGGUCGUUUUGAUGUUGUUCGUCUCCGCAGUGAAAAGCAGUCUUUGAACACAAGAGGGCCCGAGCGGCUGGAGGAGUGGUGCGUGCAGCGCGGUUGCAGUUCUUGUGUGUGGUGCAGCAAAGGUGAUAGCGAAGGGUUUUAUUGGUGUGCUGGGC